GGAUGACGUCUUUCCGGCGCAUGUCACCGAACACGUGUGUCGCACCGAGUAGCGCUAAGGAGGUGGAGGGAGGAAAACAAGUUCACUUUAUUGGCACGCUCAUUUGGGGGCCGUUGUUGUUGUUUUUCCGACAUUGUUGACGGCUUUGCCGGAUAAACGGUCAAGAUGGUGAAGCCUCAGUUCAAGGGGAAAAGCUCGAUUAAUCCCUCCACGUCCAGCAGCAACCCGGAUCGGGCCAAAGGUGGCGGCAGCAACAUGAGGGACCGGGCCACUAUUAAGCGUCUGAAUAUGUACAGACAAAAAAUUAGAUGUAACAACAGAGGUAAAGUCAUCAAGCCCUUACAGUACCAGUCCACCGUGGCUCCCGGGACGGUGGCCCGAGUCGAACCCAACAUCAAGUGGUUUGCAAACACGCGGGUGAUCAAGCAAUCAUCCCUGCAGAAGUUCCAAGAAGAGAUGAGCGCCGUGCAAAAGGAUCCUUACCGCGUGGUGAUGAGACCCAGCAAACUGCCCAUGACGCUGCUGCGCGACCGAGUCAAAGCUCACAACUCCAGGGUGCAUAUUUUAGACACGGAGGCUUUCGAGACCACGUUCGGACCCAAGGCUCAACGCAAGAGGCCAAGUCUUGUAGUGUCUGACGUCAAGGACCUCUUGGAGCAAGCCCAAGCUUCGACCGUCAGCUACAACGCAGACAAGGACAAGGACCUGGUGACGGAGGACACGGGGGUCCGGGAUGCAGUCCGCGAAGAGAUCUUCAAAAAGGGUCAGUCCAAGAGGAUUUGGGGAGAACUUUACAAGGUGAUCGACUCGUCGGACGUGGUCAUCCAAGUGCUGGACGCCCGAGACCCGAUGGGCACCCGCUCGCAGAGCAUCGAAGCUUACAUCAAGAAGGAGAAGUCGUGGAAGCACCUGAUCUUUGUGCUGAACAAGUGCGACCUCAUCCCCACCUGGGUGACGAAACGCUGGGUGGCGCUGUUGUCCCAGGAGUACCCCACUCUGGCUUUUCACGCCAGCCUCACCAACUCGUUCGGCAAAGGCUCGCUCAUUCAGCUCCUCCGGCAGUUUGGCAAGCUCCACACGGACAAGAAACAAAUCAGCGUGGGCUUCAUCGGUUACCCCAACGUGGGCAAGAGUUCCGUCAUCAACACGCUGCGCUCCAAGAAAGUCUGCAACGUGGCGCCCAUCGCCGGAGAAACCAAGGUGUGGCAGUACAUCACUUUGAUGCGACGAAUCUUCCUCAUCGAUUGUCCCGGCGUGGUCUACCCUUCAGAGGACAGCGAGACGGAUAUUGUCCUCAAAGGAGUGGUUCAAGUGGAGAAGAUCAAGAACCCGGAGGAGCACAUCGAGGCGGUUCUGGAGCGGGCCAAGCCCGAGUACAUCCAGAAGACGUACCGCGUCCCCACUUGGAGCUCGGCCGAGGAUUUCCUCGAGAAGUUGGCCUUCCGCUCCGGCAAACUUUUGAAGGGCGGAGAGCCGGAUCUGCCCACGGUGUCCAAGAUGGUGUUAAACGAUUGGCAGAGGGGACGUAUACCUUUUUUUGUCAAGCCUCCAGGCCCCGAGGGUGACCAGCAGGAACCUUUACCAGUGAACUCUGCGCCAGCAGCAGUCGACGGCAUGCAAGAUGUCCAGGCGGAAGAAGCCCCCAUCGCCGCCACCAUCGAAGGCGAAGAGCAGCAGAAACGGCGGCAGAAGGAGGAACUUCACAAGAUUUUGUCCAGCGUGCGACAGAACUUCGGGAAGAUCAACGUGGCGCCCGAAUUCAACGAGGAGGACCUGGUCCCCGUGGAAAUGCCCGACCUGGACAUCUCCGGCUCGGAGGCCGAGGAUGACGAGGCGGAGGAGGACGCUGGGGGGGAAGAAGAGGAGGCGGAGGGCGUGAAGGGAGAGGAGGACGAGCGGGAGGCGGGCAGCGAGCCGGCCGCCGAAGACGGUGCGCUCGCUGGGAAAAAGAACUCCAAGCGGGUGCUCCGCGAGCUGGACGAGAAAAUCGCCAAAUACAAGCAGUUUCUGGCCCGGGCCAAAUCCAAGCGCUUCUCUGCCAUCAGGAUACCAAAAGCCGAUUCAGACAAAUUGUUGAUGAACAUCAAGACCAAACAAGUGCAGAUGCAAGCGGCCACUCAGAGAAACAAAAAGAGGAAAGCUGACGACGACGCGGAAGAUGAGCAUUCCGCCACACAACCCAAACUGUCGUCCAAAGAGCGACGAGCGUUGGACCGUGCCCAGCGGUCGAAGAAAGUGGGCUCGCGCUACUACGAAACGCACAACGUCAAGAACAGGAACAAGAACAAGACCAAAGACACCCAAGCGGCAACGUCACAGGGCAAAAAAGCGAAGCGUGCUAAACGCUAAAAGCUAGCAAUCAACUCCAUUAAAAAAAAAGGAAGAAGGCGGCUUUUCGUGAU